CCCGGACCUAAAAGAUGCUGGGGAUAUCCGUUGAGCAGUGAGUAUAGGCCCUUUGCUAUCUCGCUGCAAACUGAAUCAGUGUUGGUGGAUGAGUCAACCAUGUAACGCAGAGAGUCUCCUGGAGCAUCCGUGCCACCCUGCAGGGAAAGAGGGGGCGUUGAUAACUUGACCGGCUGUUGUUGCCGAGGCCCUGUCAAACAAACUUCCUCCUCUCCAUCUGGGCGGACUGCUCCGCUCUCCACUGCCUAAACCUGUCAAUCUACCGCUCCAAUCGAGAAUGAGGCCAUAAAUAAGCGUUCGAAUCCCAGCGUUUCCCACGCCCAUUUCGUCGCACAGCAACUUUCUCCGCAUACCCGUUUCAUACUCUCCACGUCCGCCAUGAUCCGAAGAAUAUCAGAAAUAUUUGGUUCCAUUUCUUAUAAGCCCACCGAGGCUCCCUCGCCUGAUGGAUGGAUCGUGCAGGAGCGGGCUAUUGACCAGUGCCGUCCCUUAAGAGUCGUCGUUAUCGGCUCCGGAAUUUCUGGUAUCAUUUCCUCGAUCCGCCUUCGCCAACGAAUCCCGAACCUGGAUCUCUGCGUGUACGAGAAAAACCCGGAUGUCGGUGGCACCUGGCUAGAGAAUAGAUAUCCGGGUUGUGCAUGUGAUAUUCCAGCCCACACAUACCAGGCCUCCUUUGAGCCAAACAAAGAAUGGUCCACUUUCUAUGCCGCAGCGCCCGAGAUCCAGAGGUACUGGAAACGAGUGGCGGAGAAGUAUGGAUGUCUGGAGCACAUCAAGUUCGAACAGCAAGUCAUCGAGGCCUCGUGGAAUGACGCUACAAGCAAGUGGAAUCUGCUGGUCAGAGACCUUGACAGUCUUCGGGCCUACCCGGAUGAAUGCGAUAUGCUCAUCUCGGCCACGGGAGCUUUGAACGACUGGAAGUGGCCAAGCAUCCCGGGUCUUCAUGACUUCAAAGGGAAACUGAUGCACAGUGCCAAGUGGGAUGAGUCAUAUGACUAUAAUGGCCAGAGAGUGGCGGUGAUUGGGAACGGAUCGAGUGGGAUUCAGAUCGUUCCCAAUAUGCUGCCGACUGUGGCGCAUAUUGACCAUUAUGUCAGAGGUCGCACUUGGCUUGCGCCAACGUUUGCCAGGAAUCAGAUAGAUAUGCGUGGUGCUGAGCUCGAGAACUUUUUGUUUUCUCCCGAGGAGAUUGCAAUUUUCAAGGCCGACCACAACGCUUACCAGAAGUUCCGCAAAGAGAUUGAGCUUGAGCUGCAGUCUAUCCAUGGUGCCACCCUGCUAGGAACCCCUGAACAAAUAGGCUCUGAAAGUGUCUUCGCGCAGAAUAUGAAAAUACGUCUACGACGUAAACCAGAGCUCUUCGAGAACCUUCUUCCCUCCUUUCCCCCUGCCUGCCGCCGCCUGACGCCGGGUCCUGGCUAUCUAGAAGCCCUGGCAGACGACAAAGUUGACGUCAUAUCAAGCGAAAUUGUCAAAGUGGAUUCGAAGGGGAUCAUCACAGCGGACGGGGUACAUCACCCUACCGAUUUUUUGGUCUGCGCCACGGGAUUUGAUACCACGUUCACACCCCGGUUCCCAGUUAUUGGACGCAAUGGGGUGUCUCUAGCUCAACGUUGGGCGAAGACGCCAGAGAAUUACCUCUCUGUAGCAGUCGAUGGGUUCCCUAACUACUUCGUUUGUCUCGGGCCGAAUUCGGCACUGGGCGAGGGAAGCCUGCUGCUUCUGAUCGAGAAGGAAAUCGAUUACUUCACGUACUGCAUACAGAAGAUGCAACGCGACAAUAUCCGCUCAAUGUGUGUUCAAAAAGAAGCAGUGGAGCGGUUCACUCGUCACUGCGACCAAUAUUUCACCCGUACCGUGUUCAGUUCGAAUUGCCGCAGCUGGUAUAAAGGAGGACAGAAAGACGGACGGGUGACGGCACUGUGGCCUGGGUCGUCGCUCCAUGCUAUGAAGACGUUCGCGCAUCCACGCUGGGAGGAUUACACAUAUGACUAUGUUGAAGACAAUGCAAAUGGCUGGAUCGGCGAUGGUUGGACCAUGAAUGAGAAGAACAAGGUUAUCAAUGUCGACUACCUCGACGACGAUCAAAUGGACUUCCCUCCGAUUGCUUGUGUGAUGGCGGAAUAAAUCCAAGAGGCGGCCUGACUUGGCUUCGGGAGUGGCUGGUUUCUGUAUCCUUGCAACUUUGCUAUUGUGUUUUGUUGUCUCCCUGGGGGGAAUCUGAUAACCUAUGAUGCCAUUCUAGCUUUUCUGUCACAGUUUCGAUUCGUCUGCAGUCUAGUAACCAAAGAGGGUCAGCCUACCGGAUGCUCCGAGCAUGUUGUACAGCGUUGCCGGGUGAGUUCAAGGGCUGGGAGCAUGGGCGCUCCGGGCGCUCCAGUUUAUUUGACUCUUGGUGGCGUUUUAACUAAGCAAGUAGAAGCAAGUAGCCAGAGGUACAACAACGGCGACAGACCUGCUUUUUUGGAGUAGAGUUGACAUGUUUACCAAGGUUGAGGGAGUAAUUGGAACGUCACUUUUAAGUGGGGAAGAAAGGAAGGAUGUGGAGACGAGAG